UUUCUUUCUUCCGGGAAAUCUUGAAGCAAAUGUAGUCACUGUACACCUUCACCCUUGUAUCACGUUUGAGGUUGACUCUUAUACUUGAAGCUCAGACAGAACGAGUCAAUGCAUUUUUUUUCUUUCUAUAAAUUGAAAUUGAUUCACAUACAAAUUGGUUCAGUGUAAUCUUCCCCUAGUCUAGAUAUCAAAUAUCAAUAUGGAGAAGAAAAAUGGUAAUACAAUCCUAUUUUUUCUCUCUUUAUGUCUUGGAAUUCUAACAUGGAACGUUAGAAUAAAGGGUUUCUUGUCUUUUUUGUUUUACUUCAAGGUUGUGUUCAUUUAUGUCUCUCAAACAUGGAAGGCAUGGACCAAAACUAGAGUUAAUAACUCAAAUUGUGAACAUGUGAAGCAGAGUUUGGACUACAUUGAGAGAAGUGCAAGAGUGAGCAAAGAAGACGUAGUUCUGGUGAUGGAAAAGCUGGGAAUCAAUGCUGAAUUAUGUGAUGAUGGGAUAGAGGAGUUUGGUUUAAAAAUUAUUGGGGAAUUGUUUGAUGAUGAGGAUGUUAACUUGUCAGAGGUAGAGCAAGCCUUUGAUGUGUUUGACCAAAACAAAGAUGGGUUUAUAGAGGCAAGAGAAUUGCAAAGGAUCUUAUCCUGUUUGGGGUUAGGGAAAGACUUGAUGGAAUGUGAAGAAAUGGUUAAUGCAAUUGAUCAAAACGGAGAUGAACUAAUUGAUCGCAAUGAGUUUUUUAGGAUUAUGGAACAGUGUUUUGGGUGAAAUUUUCUCCAUAUGCUAGCUAUCUUAAUUUCUGUUGCCUUUACAAGCUAUCUAAUAUUUCAUGUACUUUCUAUGAUUUUUCAUUUUUAAUGAAAAAAUAUACUUUCUAUGAUUA